AUGGUUAAAGAACAACAAGUUAGACCUUCUACGAACUUUACAAACACCAUCAAUCCGAUUGGUGAUGAAAAACAUGAAAAACAUGAAAAAGUUUUUCAUGAACUUGAAGAAAUUGUCAACGAUGAGACUAAUGAGCAAAUCAGACCAACAGAAAUUGAAAGUUAUUGUGUAAAAUGUGAUGACGGUGGCAACGAUAAUGGUGAAUCUAUUGAUGAUUCUAAUCAAUAA